UGUAGUUACAUUGUCAACGGAACGUUUUCAUGACCUCUUAGACUUGUUUUUAAAAAAAAAAAAAAAAAAAACAAUACAAUUUAAGAUUAAAAUUGGGUAUGCAUCAUUAGAGUUAUACCUUUAUGUAGAUAUAUUUCGUAAUUAGAUUGCGUGAAGGCGCUUUAUUAAUGUUGUUGCGGAAGAUUUAAAACAAUGUCUAAUCCAGUUGUAGUGUCGUUACAUCAGCAACUCAAAACAUGCUUUGAGGUUUUGAAAGUUAAUAAAAACGUUUGGGAAAGUGUAUUAGCCGAGUGUAUACCUCUAAUAAGCUCUCUCGGAAACCUCGCAGUGCAGUUGAAGGCACUAAAAAACGUUCAGCUUGCUAACACACCACUUGCAAAAUUCCCUAGUUUACAAGAACGUCUUCAUUACAAACUGUCACUUGCUGUGGAUUCAGUUCUGGGAAAGCUAGCUGAGAAAACGGAUGCUCUUCAGACAGUGAGGGAUGCCAUCGAUCAACAGGUGUCUGCUGUCUUCCAGUUCUAUGAGAAGAACACAGACACUCUUGACAUUGCUUGUUGUAUCUCCAGAUCAGCCACCUGUCCCUCCAUCGCAGACAUGUUACAAUGGCUUCAAGAUGCAGAUUGCUACUACUCUCUCCAGUAUCCUAAAAUAUUAAUGGCCACUGUUGCAAAAGUAUUUUCGUCACCAAGAAGGAACCUGCUGCAGAUGUUGAAGCCCACUGACCUUACAUUAAUGGAAACAGCACCAAAGAGAUGGGAAUCUCUACAUUCAUCCAACAGAGAGGAGAGAAUUGCAGAUUCACUGUGCCAAGUAUCCUUCUUCAUGGACCUUGAAUGAAUGGGAGCCAUUGCUGUGCCAUUGUGCCUGCUGCUGUUCUCAGCAUGGCAACAAAGGAUAAAAGGGUCACCAGACUUUAAAAGAUGCAGAGUAUUACCUAGAUACACUCCACUCAUGCAGAAAAUCUUUUUGCAUGGUAAUGGAGGAAUUCAGUCUCAUCAAUUCUUUUUGUUGUGGGCACUAAUGUGACAAUAACUGUAUAUCAGCGUCACUACAAGCGAGCAGCUCUGUAAAGUACUUACAGACAAUCUGUUUUGUUUAUUGACUCUGGUUUUAUUUAAUAAAUGUUAUUAAUGAAAGUUAGUUAAUGUAUGUAUGCUUUUUAUUUUUUACC